AUGAUUGAGGGAAUGGUGAAGGAUGGUGUUAUUGAACCUUCAUCUAGUCCAUGGUGUUCACCUGUGGUGAUCGAGAGUGCCAACCUCAAGUUGAGUCCAAAGAAGUGCUCACUAUUCAAACGGCAAAUUAGUUUUUUGGGGUAUGUAGUGUCGGAAGAAGGUAUCCGCACGGAUCCAGAGAAAAUUGCUGCUGUCAAGGAGUGGCUGGUUCCAAAAGACAAGACACAGGUUAGAGCAUUUUUGGGUUUGUGCUCUUAUUAUCGGCGAUUUGUGAAGAACUUUGCAGAUAUAGCCAAACCUCUGCACAAGCUAACCGAGGAGAAGCGACAUUUCUGCUGGGAUGAAAGUUGCGAUAUUGCAUUCCAGGAGCUCAAGAACCGUCUGUGCAAAACACCUAUUUUGGGGUACCCUGAUGCGGGCAAGGAAUUCAUAGUUGACACAGACGCAAGUGAUAUAGGACUUGGCAGUGUGUUGUCUCAACGGAAUGGUGAUCAAGAGAUUGUGAUAGCGUACUUCAGCAAGUCGUUGUCAAAGCCGGAAAGGAACUAUUGUGUCACAAGACGGGAAUUGCUUGCUGUGGUAAAUUCCUUGCAGCAUUUUAGCAAAUAUCUUCUAGGGCGGAAAUUCCACUUAUGA